CCACAGUCGCUGUAUAAUCCUACGGAUUUAGCGCUUCUCCUUGAUUAUAAUAGUAAUGGAGAGGAGUUUGUCGAGUAUAUAUUAUUAUAAUCAAGGGGAAGCACUAAACCCGUAGGAUUAUACAGCGCCAGUAGGGGGAUGUGGAAGGUAUUCAGAUUUAAUUCAGGAAACUGAAGCACAGAUCCAAUUCCCUACAUCAAGAGCCCCUCUCCAGCAUCAAGGAACCUUCCUUGAAGGGUGUCGAGGGUAUAGUGAACGUGUGUGUCAGGCAGCAGCAGCAGACAGUAGUAGUAAUAAGCAGUAGCAGGCAGCAGAGCAGCAGCAGCAGCAGCAGCAGCAGAGUUCUUCUUGUCUGGCUCUGGGAGGGAUGAUGGCUGCGUCUUCCAACUCUGGCUGCAGAAAAUGUGCAUUUUGUCCAAACAACUCGCAGUAUUCAUGCCCUCGUUGCAAUGUCCAGUACUGCUCCUCAAAAUGUUACAAGCACCAAAAUCACCCACAGUGUUCCGAGAGCUUUUACGAGGAUAUGAUUAAAGAAGAGCUUCGCAGUGGAACAUUGUCAGAAGAAUCACGUAAAAAAAUGAUGAGAAUCCUUCAUCGAAUAAAGGCUGGAGAUUCAGUUAUGGGUGAUGAGGAGGAUGAACCUCUUGAUUCAGAUGAUGAUGAGGACUUGGCUGCUAGAAUGGCAGAUGUGGAUCUUAAUGAUAGUGACGCAAUAUGGAAAAAGCUCACUGAAGAGGAGCGACAAGAGUUUCGUGCGCUCAUUGAUAAGGGUGGUUUUGAAGACUUGAUUCCUCCUUGGAUUCCCUGGUGGGAUCAACAAAUACCAAAAGUGCAAGAGAUCAGACCCGGAAGUCAAUCUUCUCCAGAAUACGCUGUUGGAUGUCCUGAGAUAAUUGAAGUUCCCUUGCUUAGUGAACUGACGAAAGUUACACCUUCACCUUGUAUUCCAUAUAACAUCUUGAAUGUAUUGACUGCGUAUGCAUGGACAGUGCGUCUCUUCAAUGGAGACCAUCAGGAGAGCAGUUUAGAUGCUACCGAAGCUGUGCUUUCAUUGUCGGCAGUAUUAGCAGCUAAUGCAAACUUUCAGGAAGCAGCAAUUGCAGUUGAGAGUCCUAAAAUGGAAGCACAGAAUCAUCCUUGGUUAAUGGAGAGUGAAGAGUUUGCCUGCACUGUUAGGAAUGAUGUAUUGAAGAUUCUUCAAGGGCCAGUAGCUAAUGACCAAACUUUUUAUGUGAGGGCAGCCCUAUCUGAAAUUCACGUUCUUUUACAUACCUCCAAAGCAAAUCUUUCAAAGAAGAAAAAACCUGCAGGUGGAAGAAAAGGGCUGUUUACUUACACAUUCAUGGAUUCAAGCAACGAUAUUGAGCUCAAGAUAACAACACUUCCAAAUGUCAAGUCAGCUAUUAAGAAAGUAGAGUUCUUACUCUCGUUUGUAAAGGAAUAUUCUGAAGCCCUUCUAAGCAUUACACUUCUGUAAGAUUAGAAAAUGGAACACUUAAGAGUAUUGGCAUGUUCUUUAAAGUAAAGAAUUUUUUUUUAUAUAUAAAUAUUACUUUAAAUAAUGAAUGCUCUUUAAUUUCCUGUUUUAUAGAUUUUACAUGUGAUUUAUUUAUUUGUUGUCUUUUGUCUAAAACUGACACUUUUCUUUCAUAUUAUGAUUUACAUACAAGAUUUACCUGCUUGUUGUACCUUUGUGUUUGUUAACUAUAUAUUUGACACCUUGUUUUCUUGCAGAGAAUCUCCUCCAAGCAUGUUACUCCAUUCUGGUUUUAAGUGAGCACUUAAAUUACUUUUAAAUAAUUCCACUUUCUACUUUAGCAGUCAUGUUUAUCUUUAAAAAAUAAGCAGAAGGCAUAAGUACCGUAGAAAGCACAAACAGCACAAGUAGGAAAGUAGAAAAACAGGAAGCAGUAGGGGAGAGAAAGGCACUACUGAUAUAAUGGAAAAGAGUAAGAAAGAGAAAUGGUAAUGAAGAAUGAUAGUCUAAAUUGAAGUACAGUUUGAAGAUAGAACAUGUACCAUAAAGACUAACUUUGUCUGUAUUGCUGAUGUAGCUAAAGCAAAAUAAUCAGUUGGAUUAGGGGUUGCUUCCCUUUCUAUUAUAGUAGUGCUUGGUGAACAAGCCAACAGAUAUACGUACUCUGCAAAAUUGGAGGCCUUUAUUUUGGGAUGUUAAUUAGCGGUUUUUGCAUUGAAAGGAUUUGUAAUUAAUUGUACAUAUAUUGACUAGAGAGAGAGAUGUGUAAUUUAACAUUUUUACCAAUGCUUUCUUUGGAAUAUUUUUUUAAGGAUUUUGUAAGGAUGUAAUUCUAGAUUUUCAAUUAAUUUGAUGUUAAAUGUUUGCUAAAACUUUACUACACCAGUAGUAAAUUUGCACAAUUCUAUAUUUUGUCUUCCUUCAAUCCAUAAACUUUGGCCUGUGGGGAACUUAUCCCCUUUAUGUGAGUAUUAGUACAUUACCUUUCUAUAAAGUGAAGAGUCUGCAGUUUUUAAGACUAGUGGCAAAGGAUGACAAAACCUUGCAUAGUUUGCUAAUAUUUAAUAUAAUGCAUUAUAGUACUUACAAAAUAUUAAUUUAUUAAAUUAUGUUAAUUGUACAGUACACACAGGUUAUCACUACAUAUACUUUAAUGAAUGAAUGGAUAUUCCUGAAGCUCGGUAACAUUUUAAAGAUAAAAGAAAGCCCUCUUUCACUGAAACUUCAGUGGAAUGAUCUACAAUUCCACUGUGAAUAUAUGUCACGUGACCAUUUUCCUCAAAGUAUGGACCAGUUAAAUGAUUUGCUUUAUCAUAUUGUUAAAGAAUAUAUUUUUCAUGCUAAGGAACUCCUUGUUUGAAAUCAUUCUUGUUAAAAUUGUAUGUCAUAAAGUAAUAUUUGCUGUACAGUACACAUCACUUAUUUUUACUGCUGUUUGAUAUUGUUAUUCUAUUCAUUAAUGGCAAUGUAUUCCACCACUAAAGCAUCAUGUCUUGACAUGGCUUGAAUUAUAUUUCAUCUAGGAAUAGCCAGACAUGUUUCUGCAAUUCUACAUACACUUUAUUUCAUCAAAACCUAAUGUUAAUUGUAUCACCAGCGGUAUCACUGUCACAAAUAUUUUGAAUACUGUCAUACAAUAGCACCAAUUUUCUCUUCCCAUGAUGUAUAGUUUCCCCUCAUUCUGUGCCCACCAUUAUUAAACACUUUUCCCAGUGGAGCACGAACCUUGCAGAGUUUGUGUACUGUACAUAUUUUCGGCUUAAUACUUGGAUUGUUUAAUUGGCAUUAAUUAUAUCAUGUCUUGCUUAUUAAAUUAAGCCAAUGAAAAUUACUUAAGCUACGUUAUGCCAAUUCCUCACAUGGCCAUAAAUAUGCAUAAGCAGUUUAAGUGUUACUAUCUUAAUGAGCAUUCAUUUUCCCUAUUUUUUUUUUUUUUUAAGAAGUUGGCCGUCUCCCACCGAGGCAGGGUGACCCAAAAAGAAAGAAAAUCCCCGAAGAGAAAAUACUUUCAUCAUCAUUCAACACUCAUACAUAAUCACUGUUUUUGCAGAGGUGCUCAGAACACAACAGUUUAGAAGCAUAUACGUAAAAAGAUACACAACAUGUCCCUCCAAACUGCUAAUAUCCUGAAACUCCUCCUUUAGAGUGCAGGUAUUGUACUUCCCAUUUCCAGGACUCGAGUCCGGCUAUAUAAAAAUAACCGGUUUCCCUGAAUCCCUUCACUAAAUAUUACCCUGCUCACACUCCAACAGAUCAUCAGGUCCCAAAUACCAUUUGUCUCCAUUCACUCCUAUCGAACACGCUCAUGCACGUCUGCUGGAAGUCCAAGCCCCUCGCCCACAAAACCUCCCUUACCCCUUCCUUCCAACCUUUUCGAGGACAACCUCUACCCCGCCUUCCUUCCCCUACAGAUUUAUGCGCUCUCCAUGUCAUUCUACUUUGAUCCAUUCUCUCUAAAUAACCAAACCACCUCAACAACCCCUCUUCAGCCCUCUGACUAAUACUUUUAUUAACUCCACACCUUCUCUUAAUUUCCACACUCCGAAUUUUCUGCAUAAUAUUUACACCACACAUUGCCCUUAGACUGGACAUCUCCACUGCCUCCAACCGCCUCCUCGCUGCUGCAUUCACAAACCAAGCUUCACACCCAUAUAAGAGCAUUGGUACUACUAUACUUUCAUACAUUCCCUUCUUUGCCUCCAUAGAUAACAUUUUUUGUCUCCACAUAUACCUCAAUGCACCACUCAACUUUUUUCCUUCAUCAAUUCUAUGAUUAACCUCAUCCUUCAUAAAUCCAUCCGCCAACACGUCAACUCCCAAGUAUCUGAAAACAUUCACCUCUUCCAUACUCCUCCUUCCCAAUUUGAUAUCCAAUUUUUCUUUAUCUAAAUCAUUUGAUACCCUCAUCACCUUACUCUUUUCUAUGUUCACUUUCAACUUUCUACCUUUACACACACUCCCAAACUCAUCCACUAACCUUAGCAAUUUUUCUUUAGAAUCUCCAAUAAGCACAGUAUCAUCAGCAAAAAGCAAAUUUGUCAAUUCCCAUUUUGCAUUUGAUUCCCCAUAAUUUAAUCCCACCCCCCUCCCAAACACCUUAGCAUUUACUUCUUUUACAAUGCCAUCUAUAAAUAUAUUAAACAACCAUGGUGACAUUACACAUCCCUGUCUAAGACCUACUUUUACCGGGAAGUAUUCUCCCUCUCUUCUACACACCCUAACCUGAGCCUCACUAUCCUCAUAAAAACUCUUAGCAGCAUUUAGUAACUUACCACCUAUUCCAUAUACAUGUACUUGAAACAUCUGCCACAUUGCUCCGCUAUCCACUAUAUCCCUAUAUAUCCAUUAUAUCCACUAUAUCCCUAUGUCCUCUUAAAUUAAGCAACUCGCCUCUUAGACAAGAGUGUGUUAGCUUGUCAAGAGCUUUUAAAGUGGAAAAUACCAGUACUAGUAUUUUAAUGCUGACAUGCAAAAGUGUUUUUUGGCAGAAUUUAAAUACUGUGGUCUUCCGUAUUCUUGGAUCCCAGUGUAAUAACCCCUUUACCUCAUUCUGAUAACUAGUAGUAUAGUAUACAUCAUUUGAUGUGCUUCAGAUAUUAACAGACUGUAAUAGUUAGCACUACAUGUCUUGUUUGUUGUGAACAAAGAUGUCUAGUUUUAUGAAAUCAAGGCUCCACAGUUUAGUUACUAUGAGACAAUAGGUUCAUGUAUUGCGUGGAUUAUCAUUUUGGUUGCCACUGAGACACUAACUGCAGUCCUUUACCAAUUUAAUUAAAUGUGCUAAAGACUACUGCAUUUGGUAUAAUCAAAUUUUGUUGUAAUUUGCUUUGUUUUACUUCUUUAUUUUGCUGAAGUAUAUGUACACAGUUUGGAGUGUUCUAUAUAAAUUCAUGUUUUGUUAAUAUUGUUUAGGUAUAUAUUUUAUUAACUCCUAUGCAAAUAAUCUUGUAUAGUAAGAAAGUGGAUUAUGACUAGAAAGGUGCUUAUCAGAGUACAAAACCCUCACUCUGACACCACUUAUUUAGUAUUAGAUAUGAUAGGGUCAGUCACAUAACUCAGUCAAACAUUAGGAGUCGGGACCAAAAGCUUGAGCUUACCCUACCCCCAUAAACUCAAAUAGGUAACUGUGUACCACUGAUGCCAUUUAUAUGGCUUUGUAUAGCACUGGCACUAUUUCAACCACGUGGUACACAUAUGACUUGUAAUCUUGACCACACUUUAAUUUUAAUUUGCUUUAGUGCCAUUGAGAUAAGAUUUUAAAUUAUGUAUUUACUAUACAUAUAAUGCACUGAAAUCUAGCACUAGUCUCUUAGUCACUGAAGCUUAUUCCUACUUUGGCCCAAAUUGAACGAGAUUGCCCUAAAUCAGCACUGCUUUUUCUUCAUUAGUGAGUUAUUUAUUAGUGGAAUUUUUUUCCGAGUAAACGGUGAUCAGAAAAUUUAAUGCAACAUUGGAGAUUAACGGUAUAAAAUACUGACAAAGUGGAAAAAUAAACACAAAUGCAGUAAGAUGCAAUCCUUUAUUGACAACAUUUCACCCACACAGUGGGAUUUAUCAAGUCAGACAGAUCUGUUUGUGACCUGAUAAAUCCCAGUGUGUGGGCAAAACAUUGUCAAUAAAGGAUCACAUUAUACUAUACAUAAAGCUACAUUUUUAAUACGUGGAGACUUGUGUUCAAUAAGGCUUGACCGAUUUUAUCCUCUUUCAUGUCUACAUUACUAAAUUACUUAGUUAAUAUAUUAGCUAGCAGCUAGUAAUUAUCAUCAAUCAUCACUCUCUCUUUCUCUCAUGAUCAUUAUUUAUAUUGGGCAUUUAUUCCUGUCUAUUACUAUCGCUGUUUUUAUUUUGUUUUGCCGUUACACAUUUAACACAAGCACGGUGUGCAGCAUUUUCUCUCACUGAUAAAAAAAUAGACUACCCUUGCCAAGCUGCACCCUGAGGUAGAUGAUGAUGUAAGAAGUAUGAGGUAUAUGUUAUUGACUGAAUGUGAAGGGUAGAGGGAACAAGUUUUCCUUUUAAAAUGUACUUAAAUGUUAUUAAAUGUAUCAUUAGUGUAUCUGGUAGAUGUAAUUUGCAAAAAAAAAAAAAAAAAAAAAAAAAAGAAUAUAAAUCAUCAUAUUUGUGGAGCAUUUUGACAUGACAGGGGGGUCAAAUUUGCAAAGAGUUUUAUUUAGGCAUUAUCAAAUAUUUUUCUUGUUAAUUACUCAAGACUCUUAACACUGUCUUUCUGGAGUUCUUAGCCAAAAAUUAUUUUUUCAUUAGUCUGUGGUGCCUGCAUGAGCUCUCAUGGUUGAUCUCAUGCAAAUUAAAAUGGCCAGUUAAAUUUUAAACUACAUAUAAUGAGAAUCAUGAUAACAUGUUGUGAUUUUUGUUUUAUCCUUUGAACUGUGAUUGGAAUAACUGUAAAUGAAUUUCUGUACAAAUAAAUAUGAUAAAGAAA